AUGCUGCUGUUGGGAAGUCUCGAUGCGCAGAAGGUAGGAACCGAUGACAUCUCUGUGGUGGCGUCAAAUCACAGCCGCUUGACAGCCUUCAGCAACGUCAGCUCUUCUCAAGGUCCUUUGCCUGUGACGAGAUCAGGACAUGUCGACCAUCUUGCAGAUCCGACCACGUUCGGCGUUCAUCUCUACAAGGACCAGAAACCCUUGCGGGGACCUCCGUCCAGCCCAGCCGGCUAUACUCUCUUCGCGGAUUGUGAAGGCUUCUUUACUGGCGCUGCUCAGACGAAUGCCGAACGCCUAACCAGUGGCCAAGGCAUUACGCCCGCUGAAGAAGAUGCUCUGGAGGCCAAUCUCCUAUACAAAGAACCCGUGACAGCAAAUAUUUCCACCCAAGACGGACAGGGAAGAGCAGAGUCAUACUAUGCCAGAUUCCUCUACUCCAUCAGCGACGUUGUUGUCUUUGUAACCAACGAGGACCAGAACAUCACGAGCCUCCUCACGAGCGCGCUCGAGUGGGCGGCAACGGCAGUGUUACAUUCUGUCAACUACCCUUCCCGGAAGACUCUUAUCAUCGUCCGGAACGGAGCCGUUGGGCAGCGUCAGCAGAUCAUCGAUACUGAGUCACUAGAAAGACUCUACUUAGACCGGCAGACAGUCAACCUAUGGAGAAGAUCUGGCAUACUGCAGACCUUCGUCAACGAUUACAACCGCCGGCAGGACAAGUAUAGCAAACACAUCUAUGACAACCGAGAUCUGUACGAUGUCUUGUUCGAUCGAACGCUUUGCUUUUGCAUCCCACGCGUCGAUGAUAUCGAAGAAUACCGCGACGAGAAGGCCUUCGCUCAGUAUCUGGGUUUGCGGACGCUGAUUGACGAGGCGUCUCGACGAGCGGUAAGCAUGCGGUCGCAGGUCUGGAUGACAUACGAUGUCGCUUCCUUCUCCCAAAUGCUCUUUGCAGCCUUUGAGCAUUUCCGAACCAGCGACAAACCAUUCAACUUCAACCAGGUAGUCAGGAUAAGCAGGCCCAAGCCUCAUUCGGUCCUUGGCCACAUUGCCAACUUCCUCCGGCUUGCCAUGAAUACAAUACAUUCUAGGGAAACGAAAGCCAUGAUACCUGAUAUCAUAGCCCUAAAUCUUGUUGUUUGGGCUAUGAGAAACCUCCACCAAGUGGCGGAUCCUGAACACAUCUUCGAUUCCGUGCCGCCAGAGGACGAGAACGACGUUUCGGUGGCGGAUCAAUGUCAUUCUGCCAUCAGGGAAUUCGAGGCGAAGUACCAGCAGUGCGGCUUUAAGUUCGCGAGCUGUGAACCCUGCAUCAACGGUCCUGUGAUAGCUCAUCAACAACUGCAUCUCUCGCCUAACAACAAGCAAGCCAAUGGGUCGUUCGUCCUCAGACAAGUGUUAGACCCGAACCUGGUGGGUUUGAUCCGUGGCAAAUUCCUGGAUCAUUACAAUACUGUGGUGACGGAAGACCGGAGUGGACGACGUUCAAUGCGGAGGCCUCAUCCAGAUAAGAUCAAACGCGUUCGGGAAGCUGUCAUGCAGAAGUACUGGUCACACUGGCUCGACAUGACAAGCAACACCACUUGCCUCGCGUGCUUGCAGGCAGUGCCAGAGAAUGUCCUGCAUUGCGGGCAUGGCUACUGUGUUCGAUGCGUGCGCGAAUUGGGAAAACCAUCCGAGUCCUUCGAAUCUGCUUGGAUGUUCGAGGUUUGCUCUCUUUGCUGCAGAAGGACGGGGGAAAACUUCUCGCACUUAAUCAGAGAGCCGCCAUGCUGCGCCGGUGUCCGAAUCCUGACUCUCGACGGAGGCGGGAUCCGCGGUAUCAUUGAGCUUGCUCUUAUCCAGGAGAUCGAGUACAAGCUCGCCCUAGGAAUCCCCUUUCGCGACUAUUUUGAUCUAGUGGUGGGCACAAGUACCGGAGGGAUUGUUGGCCUAGCUAUCUCGAUGGGCGACAAAGAUGCCGACACGCGGACCAGCGUGCUCACAAAGGCUUUCAAGUCUUUUGCUUCAGCCACAUUUCUCCAUCGUCGGUCUGGCAGACUGCUGGAGAGGCUGGGCCUCGGUCACUUUGUGACGAGUGUGGUCAUGUCUUUCCGCCUAUAUCAAGCACAAUUUGAUUCGAGCCCCUUGCAGGCCGGACUCGAGCGGUUUUUCGGCGAGCACACCAGCUUGUUCAGUUCCGCGCGUACUCGACAUCAUCAAUGCUCGACGAGAGUUGCGGUGGUGACGACGAAAGAGUUCGGCAAAAGGGCCCAUCUAAUCACCAGUUACAACAGAGCCACGCUGGGCUCCGGUAAUGACUUUGACCGCGAAGACGACGAAGGUAGGGGCAUGAAAAUCUGGGAGGCUGGGCUCGCAACAUCAGCCGCUCCAUUCUACCUGCCUCCUUUCAAGAAGACCGAAACCGGCAAUGUGUACUUUGAUGGGGCCCUGUAUAUGAACUGUCCGGCCCCGGGCGCCGUUGAGGAGGUCAAGAAGAUCUGGCCAGAGAACACACCAUCGCUCGACGUUCUGCUCUCGUUAGGAACGGGUAUUCAGGAGUCCGAAGUCAAAAUCCCGAAGGCGAUCCGCAUUGGAGGUUUCGCAGAGAUUUGCAAGACUUUCCACGAGCAGUUAGACUGUGAGAAUCAGUGGGAGAAUUUCUGGUCGAGCGGCGCCACCGAUGGCAUCCGGGAUCGCCUCCACCGACUCAAUCCCCCUAUCGACGAGGAUCUCCAAAAGGUCGCUCUCUACCAAUGGCAGAAGAUGGAUGACCUGGAGGCAAUGGUGCAGCGUCAGAUGGAAGAGCCAGACUGGAGGGCUCGAAUCGGCCACGUUACGACCGCUCUGCUGGCGAGUCUGUUCUACUUCGAGCCGGACGCAGAAGCACCUUUGAGUCCCACGACCCCUACACCCAUAGCACCGGGAGCCCAGGACGAAAUCGUCCCCACCGAGAUCCAAGGCACUAUACGAACGCGACUCCGCCACGGCAGCGGCGAGUUGAGCCGCCUUCUCAAUCAAGUGACGGGGCUCUCCUGGACAAAGCUCUCCGCCUCGUCGAGAGGCAUUUCGAUCUCGCCGUCCAUGCAGCACGAGCCUUGGACUGAGGUCCCCGCGUUCACGACCAUCAAGCAGCAAGUCCUAGACGCAGGCUGCGCGUUUCGCGUCCCCGUCCACUUCACCGAGCCUUCAGAGACAAAGUCCCUGCUCGUAGCUGUGCGGUUUAGGGACUCGGCGGCUCCGCUGCCGAUCAGCGGGUUUCCCGUCUCCCUGCAGAACUUGUACGCGAAGGCAAGGGCAUGGGAUUGA